CUAAAGCCAACAUAUGCUCAGUACUUAAAAUUACAAAAAAGCAAAUCCCUAAAUUCUCAAUUAAAUCACUUUUGUGGGGUCCACUUCAAACAUUCUGGCCCCACUUCUUUAGAAACUUGCAAAUAAACCCUACUCGCGUAAAUCUCACUCUCUUCUUCUUUCUCUCUCUCUUCAUCAAGCUGAACCAAAAUCCUAAAUUUUCCCCUUUUUUCUUGUAGAGGGAAGAAGUUAAUCAUUGAAUUUAGUGAUUGUUUUGUAUAUUUAUCAUGUUAAUUUUACUGGGUAAUUAAUAUUUUUGGGUUUUAUUGGUUUUUUUGUGUUGCUUUUGUGAAUAGCUUUGAUCUGAUGUUGAUUUUGUUGUGAAAAUGGGUAUUCUUGGAGUUUUUUGGAGUUAAAGUGAAAGUGGGUGUUGUUGGAGUUUUUGGAAGAUAAAGUUAAAGUGGGUAUUGUUGGAGUUUUUGGGAGAUGAAUAAAGAAAGGCCUGAACCUUUGGAUUUCUUCAUUUGGACUGUUGAGGAUGUUGGUAUGUGGUUAGAAGAAAUUAAUCUUGGCAGCUACCGCCAAACAUUUAAGGAAAAUGGUGUUAAUGGCGAGUACUUGGAGGGAAUGUCGAUGUUUACAACUGAGCAGAUACUUAGAUUUAUUAGGCGCUGUCACAUGAAAUGGGGGGAUUUCAUCACACUUUGCAAGGAAUUGAGGCGAAUAAAAGUGGCGUGCUUGAAAGGAGAGCAAAAGGUUCGUCGACCAUGGUGGGCGCCUUCCUGUUUGUCUGUAGUGUAUGUGAAGGCAGCCAAGCGCAACAGACAGUCACGUGUUGUAUCAUUGAAGCUCGAACCAUGAUAGUCGAGGGUACAUCUUGUACGUAUAUUUACAGUUUUGUUUAGUGUAAAAGUAUGAAGAAACGAGGAAAACUCACAAAUGUUGUAAAAUGCCAAUGAUUUGUAGCUGUACGAUUUGUAUGUAUCUAAAGAAGAAUGAUGUUUGGACGUUCGUUGCAAAGCUUCUCGCUAAGCAAUUUGAGCUCACUAAGAAAACUAGAUACUGCUUCUGCCGUCCGUAUCUCAAUGCAUUGCUUAGGCCUUAGGUCAUAUAAUGCGUGUUAGACCCGUCAAAACGAUUAGUCGGACUUUUUUUGAAUCCAUAUGUUUGGCUCAAUGGGUCAAUAAUUUUUAUUUA